UUGCCAGUGAGCUGGGACCUAAAGUGCUGUGCCUGGUGAGAAUAGGGACAUGAAAUAUUAUAUAUCCCAUUGGUGAGCAUCAUAUUUGGUCCUUCAAUGAGCUAUUGGGUCCAUAGGAGCCUGAACCAUUCCUAUAAGAACUCCCUUCUUCUUGCUCUUUUUAAUCAUUAUCCAUCCCAAGCACAGCCUCACACCACAAAAAUGAUCCACCAUUCACAAAGUAGCAGAGAGAGCUUUACAGUUGAUUGAUAUCUUCAAGCCAAGAAUAGAAAAAAAAAAAAAAAGUUUGAAGAGGUGAUUAUGGAGAUGAAAAGUACUUCUAACAUUAGUGGGGAGUCUAAGAGGAAAUUUUCAUGUAAAGGCUUAGGUGGGUUCCUUAAAGAGCAAAGAGGUAGGCUCUACAUUAUAAGAAGAUGUGUUGUUAUGCUUCUGUGCUGGCAUGAUUAGGGCGAGCUGCUCAUCUUCUUCACCUGCAACUUAUUGGAAGCUACUUCUUGUUUUCUUUCUUUCUAUUCUAUCUUUCUUGUGGAGUACUUGUAACUGUGUAUAACAAGAAUAUGAUGUUCUCUUGGUUUCUUUUUCUUGCCCUCUCCAUGCAUGCUCUUUGGUUUCAUAUAUCCAAGAUUCUUCUACAGUGCCCUUCUUGAAUUUAUACAGUGAUAAUAGCAUACACCUUUUUCGUUUUUGAUCUGAAA